UCCUCCUCCCUCCAGGACUCUUCGAAGGUGUCCAGUUUGUGAAUAGGGAUCGGGCUAUUAGCUGCUCUUCCACAUUGUGCCGGAUUUCAUUCUAAGACAUGCUAAACAAUAGCCGGGGAAAGGGACAAGGGAAGGACUAUGGAAAAAUCCAGUAGCGAGGACUCUUCCAUACAUCGAAGUCCGUCCGUGGACAGCAGGGAUUCGGCUAAACCGUCUACCUCCAGUAGGGAGUUUGGUCGAGGAUUCACAGCCGGGGCUUUUUUUGGCACUUCGGGAUCUCGCACGCAGAGUCAAACCGGCGUGAAAAGGGACAAGUACAGCGCUCCCAAAGGUGGCAAAUAUGUUGUGUUUUACCUGGAUCUAUCGUUUGUUUUUCUUCUAGAAUUCAAAAAGUGCAACAUGGCUCGGGGCUGCCUCUGUUGUUUGAAAUACAUGAUGUUCCUCUUUAACUUGAUAUUUUGGCUCUGCGGAUGCGGAUUGCUGGGGGUUGGAAUAUGGCUGUCUGUAUCACAAGGAAACUUUGCAACAUUUUCUCCCAGUUUCCCAUCGCUUUCAGCAGCAAAUCUAGUGAUCGCCAUCGGCACAAUCGUCAUGGUGACCGGCUUCCUCGGUUGUCUUGGUGCUAUCAAGGAAAACAAGUGCCUCCUUUUAAGUUUUUUCAUCAUUUUGCUGAUUAUUCUUUUGGCUGAACUAAUACUUCUCAUCCUAUUCUUUGUCUACAUGGACAAGGUCAAUGAGAAUGCAAAGCAGGAUUUGAAAGACGGUUUAUGGCUCUACAAUACAGAGAAUAAUGUCGGGUUGAAGAACGCAUGGAACAUUAUUCAAGCUGAAAUGCAUUGCUGCGGGGUGACAGAUUACACAGAUUGGUACCCAGUACUGGGAGAGAACACAGUUCCCGAUCGAUGCUGUAUGGAGAAUUCGCAAGACUGCGGUCACAACUCUACAGGCUUAGUGUGGAGAACGGUAAGUUUGAUUCACACAUUCUUCCCCACAACCCCUUCUAGUUCAGUGCUAGUCCUCUUCCAAGAUGAACGAUGCAUUGAAGCCCAGGGCAUCAAGGACAAGCCUCGGGGGUUCAUCAUCCUGUUAUCCUGGACUCGCAGGAGGCAGGAGGAUGCUACAGAGAGUUGUGCCACAUCAUUAUGUGGCGUUGUUCUCUGUAGCAUUUGGGACCAGUCUACUGGCGGAAGAAGAGGACCUGAAGAUUGA